AUGUCAGAUCCACGUACUAGAAGGGGGCGUCAUUUGUUGACUUCUGAGAAGCUAUCGUCAGCCAUUCAGGUUUCUAAUAUUCCUGUGGAUUGGACUCAAGAAAAUGUUACGUCUGUAAUUGCAGGUUCAGGUCCCGUUGUAGAUAUAACUGCCAAAUUAGAUCCUCGUACUGGGAAAUUAAGUGCAAUUGUACUUGAUUAUAGAACUAGUAAAGAUUGUAAACGUGCUUUUGAACUUCUAGGUAGAAUUGAAAAUUUCUCUUGUAGUAUAUCGAGAAUAAUACCUUCAAAUUAUGCUGAUAGAAAAGAUAUUGAAAAAAAAAAAGAUAUUCAAUUAGAUAGAGAAAAUUAUCCAUGGGAUGCCGGAUUAGAAUUACCAUUUGAGAUGGUAACAGAAAUACCGAUUUCAAGAAGACCACAAGCACAAUUGUCUACAUCGACAAAAAAUAAUUUAAAUGCAAAUAAUGUAACUAUCCCUGAUAUAUUGAGCAAAGCAUCGCAACAUCUGCCACAGCUAAAACCAGAAAGUUUAACAGUAUCAGAUCCAGUCUCUUUCAAUUUGAGUAAGAUACCACCUUUACAACUAAUUGAAAUCAUUUCAAAUUUGAAAAUAUUAUCAAAUCAAGAUGGUAACAGGAGAGGUCAACUUGAAAAUUUCCUGAAGACAAAUCUGGAUAUAUCAAUCGCAGUUACUCAAGCAUUAUUAGAGAUGGGUUUUAUAAAUUACAACGUAGUUACACAAGUAAUGAGGAAGCACUUGCAAACUACUGGUGCUUCAAACUAUAAUAAUAACUUCAAUGACUUCAACAGUGGUAUGCCUACAAAUGGUAACAUACCAAUGAUGGGUUCUACAAUGCAGCCAAUGACGAUGCCAUCAAAUCAAUAUAUACCUAUAAUGCAAGCCCAAUCACAACCACAAAUGUCACAGCCGUUGCCAAUGCCGCAACAGCAACAGCAACAACAAUCACAGCAACCACCACCACCACUACUACCACCACCACAACAACAAUCAAUACAACAGCAAGGACAACAAAAUAAUAUGGCAUACGGGUUUCCACCACCAAUGCCAUUUAUGCCACCAAUGCCAAUGGUUCCACAAGGCCAACAGCCUAUGAUGAAAACAACACCUCCACCAGUAUCAAUGAAUCCAAUGCCAGUAUCAUCAACAUCGUCUUCAUCAGCACCAGCAGCAGGUCCUCCAUUACCAACACCUACCACAGGUGGAACCAUCAAUUACGCUAAAUUGAAUACACUGCCACAAGAACAACAAGUUAUGAUUAAACAAGUGCUAGCACUGACUCCUGAUCAAUUGCAAUCAUUACCAGAGGACCAAAAAUCGAUGGUCAACAAUUUAAGAAAAGAAUAUUUCCUAUAG